GGGUUGUCUCGUCUGACCGUUCAAUACACGUGUGACGACCGGCGUGCGUUGUGGCUACGUGUCUGAGUGCAGGAGUGCAGUUUUUACAACGGAAGUAUUGCGUAAAUCCCUGUUAUGUAAUAGCCUGUUUACUCAAUAGACAUUUAUAUUUGAAACGCAUGUGUUGAAAUUAUCAUAACACUACUUGAUCAGACACGACGUAGGUGUGUCCGACGAUUCGCAAUAUCACAGGGGUAUUACCAAGUCUGCGAUUGUUUUUUUUAUAAAUAGACGUUCAUGAGCUAUUUAUAGCGUGUUCUCUCACAGUGACUGCCGCAAUAUCACUGAGUAACCACUCAAAACCUGGAAGGAAGACAUCAUAUUUGAUCUGUUACGAUCGAUAAACAAUUAUUUAACAAAGUUUAUACAUUGUAUUUAGAAAUAUAAUUUAUUCAUAGAAAUGUCGAAAUUUAAAGUUUACAUAACGAGGAGGAUACCAGAUACAGGUCUGGAUCUACUGAAUGGCCACUGUGACGUAACGAGUUGGGAGGAAGACGAAGCUAUUCCUAAUGAGGAAAUACUGAAGCACGUGUCGGGGAUAAAUGGACUUCUAUGCAUGCUGACAGAUAACAUUGACAAGGAAGUUAUAGAAAAGGCCGGGCCAUCUCUGAAGGUGAUCACAACCAUGUCUGUGGGUUACGAACACAUAGAUAUAGAGGAGUGCCGAAGGAGGGGAAUCUUGGUUGCUAAUACUCCGAAUGUCUCCACGGACAGCGUAGCCGAAUUGACCCUAUCCCUAUUGCUACUGACCGCGAGGAGACUGAUCGAAGGUGUAGAUUCCGUUAAGAGUGGACACUGGGGUCCCUGGAAGCCAAUGUGGUUGUGCGGUGUCGAACUGACCGGCCGGACAGUGGGAAUCCUCGGACUUGGUCGGAUUGGUUGUGGAGUUGCCAAGCGUGUGCGUCCAUUCGGAAUCAGUCGAAUCCUGUAUAAUGACAUCUGUGAGGUAAGCUAUGCUGGUGACGUAGGUGCUGAGUUUACCGAUUUCGAUACAAUGAUAAAGGAGUCGGACGUGGUUAUUAUAUGCUGCAACCUCUCAGAAGCCACGAAGCACAAGUUCAACAAAGACACCUUCAAAAAGAUGAAGAAGACCGCCAUCUUGAUCAACAGUGGUAGAGGGGGCGUGGUCCAGCAUGAUGAUCUCUAUGACGCACUCACUUCCGGUGAAAUUUAUGCGGCUGGAUUGGACGUCACCGAACCGGAACCUCUACCACAUGACCAUCCAUUGGUCGGUUUGACGAACUGCAUCAUACUUCCACACAUGGGAAGUAACACGUGGGAUUCUAGAAACCACAUGGCCGAGAUAGCAGCCAAAAAUAUCCUUUCAGUUAUGAAUGGCGAGGUCCCUUACGGUCUUGUAAAAUAAAGGUUCGGACCAAAGUUGUACUUGGUACUUACAGAAUAGCAUAGGUCAAAGGGCACAUGAAUAAUUUGUUUGGUGUUUUAUAUUAAGAACAAUGUUGGAAAUAUGUUAUUGAUAUUUUGCUUUGAAAUACUCACAUGAUUAGCAGAUGGUAUUGAAACGUUAAGAAUCUCAUAAAACUAACAGUUAUUAAAGUCAAGGUCAACGUUCGUUAACAAUUUUAAUUUUCAAUGACAUAGACAAUGGUUUUUAAAACGUUAAUGAAAGAUUUUGAGUGCCAUUUAAUUCAGUAUGCUAUUUUUGUAUCUUUGAUAUUCAUAUUUUUUUGUAUUUUAUUCUAACACGCGUAUAUAUGUCACAAAAUGUCACUUAUGUUCAACAAACAUUCACAUGGUUAAAUACAAUUACAGCAAUAUUUAAGAAAUUGAUCCAUUAAAAAUAGAAAUAUACAACACUCGUUACAACGCCCUAUCUAGCUAGAAUAAGCCACUCUAAAGUGCUUUACAGUACAUGGAUUUAAAUUUUUUAUAAUCAAUACAAGUAGCAUAUACAUUAAUCAAUACAAUUUUGUGGAAUUCGCAGGUACUUCCUUAUCAGGCGCUAACAAUUAGUCCUAUGGCACCUGGCUAAUAUCUCCAUAUGUGUGUUAAAUAUAACAAAGUCAUAGUGACCUAAUUAUGGACUAUGUGCUACUUUUUCUGACAUUUUUAUUAUUUCCAUUUUUAGUUUUUUAUAUACAAUAUACAUUAAUAAGAAACUUCCAAAUAUUACAUGCAGGUUUUUUUUAUAAAAUUGUGUGAUGGUCCCCACUUUACCCCCUCAUAUCUCGGAAUGGUUUCCGAGCUGACUAUAAUUUCAUGUCAUAUUAUAAUAAAAUAACCCCAAGACAUGUAGAGUUAUAGAUACACUAAUGCAGAAAAUUGGCACCACUCCUUUGAAGCUUUGUAUUCAUGUUUUUUAUCACUGUAUUAUCUUUUCAAUUAAUAGAUGUCUAUUUAAUUUUGAAUUCGAUAAAGAGUAAGUCAUUUAUAGUGUUAUCUGUGACCAAUUACAUGUGAAUUUGGAUACAUCUGGGACAUCCGGUUUGUAUACUAAGGAUGACGCUAGGCUACCAUACAACUGACAAUAAGCGCCCUAUAGUUCAUCAUGAUGACCAAUACUGUUAAUCAAAGAAUCGUACAUUUUAUUUCUCAUUUUUGUUUUUUUCUUGAAAUCUCAACAAAGAAUCAAUGAAUUAUAUAUAAUAAACAUAUUUAAUAAUAAUACACACUGAAAUGGACAAAUACAUAAUGUUGUAUAUCAACGUCUUAUAGGGUAAUGCAUUGUAUUUUGGUCCUCUUACUAUUUUUGUUUGUUAUUGUCUAUAAAACUGUACAUACGUCUAUUGCAGAUAGUUUGGUAACGUAUAGGUUAUUCUCACAUGUAAGCAUAACUUGUUAAAGGUGUAUAAUAUCUCUCACUGACCACACAUAUAGAUGGUUCUUAUCAAAUUACUUAUAUCCCUUUUCAGGAGUUAACGAUACGUUGAGACAUUUAACUGUUUCGAUUUAAAUCGGUAAUUAUAGUCUUUACAGUUUAUAUGACGAUGAUGUAGUUUUCGUUUGAGGGGGAAAGCACGCAGGCCAAACGUAUUUCUGUUUAUUUAAGGAAUAUUUGUCAGUCACGGUGAUGUUAUGAGAUGAUAAAUCGACUUGUGCACAAUUAAUUGACAACAGAAGAAGAUAAACUAUGAAAUAGAAAAGAUUAUGGCAAAAAAAAAGAGUUCAAUUGUGUACAAAUAGUGUAUUACUUUUGACAGGGGAGGUAAGUCUUGUGAUAGGGAAGAUAACUCUUAUAUAACUCUUAUAUGAUCGUUAACUCCUGAAAAGGGAUAGAACUCAAUUUUUAGCCCGUUUUUUAAAAUUAUUUUAUUAUCUGAUAUAUGUAUUGUCUCAUCUAAGUCGUAUUAUGUACCAAAUUUGUUCUUUUACAAACUGGGAUAUACACUUUUGUGUAUAUUUUGAUUUUAUUCUAAGAUGUUUUUAGCAUUAUAUUAUAAAUGUUGCUUAUAGAAAUAAUCCACUGAGUAUAUUAUUUUACAUGAUUAACACUUGUCUUGUCUAUUUUAGGUAGGUUACCCUACCUGUCCAUGAUUUGAUCUUGCAAUAGAUUUUAACGGAAAUAAGCCCACUCUAAGUACAGUAUUAAGCCUGAUUCUUUAUAUGUUUUAUAUAUUUCACAGGUACGAAAUAACUGUGAAUAUCUAUGUAUGAAGGUACAAUCCUUACUCUAUGUAAAAGAUUGAUUUUUUCCCCAUGUAUGUUAUAUUUAUUAACUUAAAAUUCCACGUAAGAGCUUCACUGUAUCGUGUUUAUUUUAGGUGUGUCCAAGACGCAGUCACACAUAUCCGGUUUGUCCUUAUAUGGUAUGAUCAUGUGAUAGUUGAUGGUAUAGCUAUAUGUGUAGUACUAUAUGUAAUAUAGUGACACACUUAUAUUUUUGACGUGUUUACGAUUGUUGAGAUUAUUAAAGAGUUAAGCUUAUUAUAAAGUUGA